AUGUCAUUGUUUGCCAUCCCAAAAGGAAUAAUAGACGAGAUUAACAAAAUUCAGAGAAGAUUUUUGUGGUGUGGUCAUACGGAUACAAAUCCUAUUGCUCCUGUCGCAUGGGAAAUGAUACAACUACCAAAGUCUCUAGGUGGUCUAAGUGUUGGGAAUUUGCUCCACAAGAAUUUAGCUCUCUUGUUCAAAUGGGUGUGGAGGUACCUUCAUGAGCCGGAUGCUUUGUGGAGAAGGAUUGUUCAAGAAAAAUAUAAACUUCCACAACAUUUCAACACUCAAAAUAUUAUCACACCUCUCAAAGGGGGACCGUGGAAAAACAUUUGCAAUGCCAUUACAAAAAACAAAGAUGCAAUGCAACUUGCAUCAACUGGCACCAAAAAACGAGUAGGUAAUGGGCGACAAACUUAUUUUUGGUAUGACCUGUGGAUAACCGAUCUUCCCCUUAAUGCAAUCUUCCCAAGGCUAUUCUCCAUAGCCACAAAUCAGCUAGCCACGAUAGCCUCUCUCGGCUUUUGGGACGGUUGUACUUGGGUCUGGAAUUUCUCAUGGAACCGUGUAUUAAGACCCAGGGACAUUGAAGAGCGCAACUCACUCCACCAUCUCCUUGAAAAGGCUUAUCUAUCCUUACACAACAACGACAAACAUGUAUGGACUCCCCAUUAUUUGGGCUCAUUCUCGGUGAAAUCGUUCUGCUUCGAACUUGCAAAAAAAUCAUCAUCCUCUCAACAUGAUGCUGUCAAAGGGCUUUGGAAGGGUCUUGUACCACACAAAAUCGAAAUCUUCACCUGGAUGGCCUUGCUUGGAAAACUUAACACAAGAGAGAAAUUGGUGAAAAUUGGUAUUCUUCCAAGCAAUGAAGCUCUCUGCCCCCUUUGUUUCUCGUAUCCAGAAAGCUGUAAUCACCUGUUAUUACACUGCUCCAUGGCCCGACAACUUUGGUUCUGGUGGCUGGGAAUCUGGAACCUCCAAUGGGUCUUCCCCCUGAGCCUUCGUGAUGCUUUUGAUCAAUGGAACUUCAGCACCAAAGGUAAAUUUUGUAAAAAAAUAUGGUUCGCAUCUUUUUUUGUAAUAGUAUGGACUGUUUGGAAGGAGCGCAAUGCUCGCAUUUUCAACAACACAUCAUCCUCUAUCAAGCAACUGCAAGAACUCGUCCUACUGCGUUUGAGUUGGUGGCUUAAGGGCUGGAAUGACAAGUUCCCAUAUUCGGCAAAUGAAGUACUGCGUAAUCCACAAUGUCUCUUUUGGGAUGAGGGAGCACGCACCUCUUGUUCAUUUGGACCAACAGCACUUUGGUCUCCCCCGCAAUCGACUUCCAUUAAAUGGAAUGUAGACGCCUCAGUUGAUCCGCGAAAAAAUCUGUCAGCAAUAGGGGGAAUUUUGAGGAAUCCCAGAGGUGAUUUUGUGUGUUUAUUCUCAUGCCCAAUCCCCCCUAUUGAAAUUAAUUCAGCUGAAAUCAUUGCAAUAUACCGAGCAAUUCAAAUAUCUCUUAACAGUGAGCAAAUAAAGUACAUGGCUAUCCUAAUUGAGUCCGAUUCGGCAAACGCGGUCUCAUGGUGCAACGAGGGUAAGGGUGGGCCUUGGAACCUUAGCUUCCAACUCAAUUUCAUUCGAAACGCGAGAAAGAACUGGCUGAAUAUCAAUAUUGUUCACAAGAAAAGAAGCUCCAAUGUAGUUGCUGAUUCCUUGGCAAAAAAAGGAUUGGCUCGUGAAUCUGAAUUUCUUGCGUGGCUAUGA